AUGGCGUACCUCAAUCAAAAGUUGAAAACUGCAAUUGAAAGACAGGAUGAAAGCACUAUUGAGCAACUGUUAGAAUGUGGAGCUGAUCCUAAUGCCUUUCUUUCUGGCGAAGAUAUUGCACCUAUUCAUUUGGGCCCAGGAAUCAGUAAAUCUAUUACCAGUUUAUUACUUAAAUAUGGUGGUGACCCAAAUCUCAGAACUUCUGAUGGCAUUACACCUUUGCACAUUGCAGCCACUUGGGGAAACAAAAAUAUUGUGAAGUUAUUGCUGUACAAUGGGGCAAAUAUUUAUAUUCGUGAUGAUGAAGGCUUCACCUCUUUGGAUAUGGCUAAGAAAUAUGAACAUGAAAAGUGUGAAAUAAUAUUAAAACGACAUGCUCACCUACUGGAGUCUCAGCAUAAUCUCCAGAAAAGAAAAGUAAGACACAAUCUACCUUUAAGUGCAAAAAUUAAAUGUCGCUCUCAAAGAACAACCUGCAUUAAUAGAAACUUUGAUGUCAGUCAGGAUUUGCUUGUCGACAGUGAUCCAGAGCAUCAUUUAUCUCCUGACAUCCAAGAUGUAAACCGGUCUUGCUACAUCGCCACUCAAGAAGAGGUCUCCCAGGCUGUGGACCGCUCAUGCUACGUCUCUGUCCAUGGAGAAGGCUCCAUGGGAACAGGUCACUCAUGCUACAUCUCCACCCAUGGUGAGGGCCCCCUAGGCAAAGACCACUCAUUAUGCGUCUCUGCCUGUGAGGAGGGCUCCCCAGCCACAGACCACUCACGCUUUCUGGGUGAAGAUCACUCCUGCUACAUCUCCACUUGUGGGGAAGGUUCCCUGGUUGCGGACCGCUCGUGCUAUGUCUCCACCUGUGGGAUGGGCUCUGUGGACCGAUCGUGCUAUGUCUCUGCCCACGAGGAGAGCUCUCCAGCUAUAGACUGCUCAUGUUAUGUCUCUGCUUGUGAAGAGAGAUCCCCAGACCCAGAGAGGUUGUGUCAUGCCGCAAUCUGCAGAGAAGGGUCUGUAGACAGCACUCGGCAGAUGUAUCUGAAGCGUUUGAAGAAUGCAUCUAGUGGCUACACUCUGGGAUGCACUCUAUCAUCUCCAGAUUACAAUGCAGAACUUUGCCGAGCACUAAAUGAAAAAAUUGAUUGGACAGAAAUGAUUGAAUUAGAAGAGAAAAUGAUAAAAAAAUUUGAUAAUCCUAAAAAUACUCGUAAAUGGAGAGAAGGUAAUGAAAAAUCAUCAUUUAAUUAUUUGCUUUUGGAUCCACGGGUAACUAAAAAUCUUCCAAGCCGUGCAUCAAAAAUGGGUGACAAUUUAGAGGUAUUUCAUGCAUUUGUGAAGGCCAUAUUUUAUAUUGGCAAAGGCAAGAGAAGCAGACCAUAUGCACACCUUUAUGAAGCCAUUAAGUAUUCUGAGAGAAAAACUGCCAAGGCCAAUGAGAAAAUCUUACACAUUAUUGACAUUUGGAAAAGUGGCUAUGGUGUAGUCUCUCUGCAUUGCUUUCAGAAUGUGAUUCCAGUUGAAGCUUAUUCUAGAGAAGCUUGCAUGGUGGAUGCCAUUGGUUGCUGCAAUCUAACUAACCAAAAACGAGGUGACUUUUAUGGCCUCACUGCUACUUGGGGUCUAAAAUUGAAAAGGCGUCUGGGUGUCUAUUUAUUACACAAGGCGCUAAAAAUAUUCUUGGCUGAAGGAGAACGGCAGAUUUACCCAACAGAUUUACACUAA